CCGCCUCCUCUUGAAGCUAGAGCGGCCGAGCAACCAUGGCGGCGUCGGCAGGGGCGGCCUCGGGUUCCGUGUGGUGUUGCCUGCGCUGGGCUUGUUGUGGAGAAGGCAGCGCCGGUCACAUUCCUCUCAAGGAGAUGCCGUCGGUGUUGCUGGACACGCAACAGAUGGGAACAGAUGUUGUCGUUGUUAAAAAUGGACGACGAGUAUGCGGUACAGGGGGUUGCUUAGCUAAUGCUCCUUUGCAUCAGAACAAGAGCUAUUUUGAGUUUAAAAUCCAAUCUACAGGAAUCUGGGGUGUUGGAGUUGCAACUCAGAAAGUCAACUUGAAUCAAAUUCCUCUUGGGAAUGAUGUGAAUAGUCUAGUUCUAAGAAAUGAUGGGACUCUUUACUACAACAAUGAAGAAAAAAACAGAUUGCCAGCAAACAGUCUGCCACAGGAGGGUGAUGUUGUAGGAAUUACAUAUGACCAUGUAGAACUAAACGUUUAUUUAAAUGGAAAAAAUAUGCACUGUCCAGCCUCAGGAAUCAGAGGAACAGUCUUCCCUGCAGUCUAUGUUGAUGAUAGUGCCAUUUUGGAUUGUCAGUUCAGUGAUUUCUGUCAUGCUCCUUCUGCAGGUUUUGAAAAGAUACUCUUUGAACAGCAGAUUUUCUGAAGGUUCCUGCUGCAGAUUGAUUAACUAGCACUUUUUACAACCCAUUCUUUCAAACUUCACAUUAUUCCCACAAUAUUAAUGUUGCAUUUGAUUAGUCUAUUUAAUGUUUGGGAAAAUAUCAUUUUAUCUAGAAACUAUGUUGCUGGUUUAGAUUUUCCUACUGUUUGUGAUAUGGAUAGUAUUUGUAUUUGAUGUAAAGAGAUAAAGCUGACAGUAUUUAGUGACCAUGGACUCUUAAGAAUGCUGUAUAAUAUGCUAUACACUAAAAUUGUUUUGUAAAUGUUGCAUAUCCAUAAUAUAGCAGAGUCUAAUGGUUAUUCAGCAAUGUUUCUCCAAUAUGUGUAGUAAUUAGAGAAAGUAAUUACAAGUAUUUUGAGGAUAACAACAGUGAAAACAUUGAUACCUGUUAUCCUUUUUAAGCACUGGGGUUCUAAUGUUUAUUUCUGAGCAUUUGUGUUAAAAUUAGAAUAAAUUGCUGACUAUUAAAAGCCAGGCUGCUGAUAUCUAUUGUACAAAAGCUUUCAAUGGAACAAACAAAAUAGUACCGAAUAGCCUGUUACUUGUUGUGAUAAAACUUUAUUUUUUUAAUUCUUGAUUACAUUUUUGGAGUUCUCCAAAAAUAUAAAAUGUACAGGCUGCUCUUCUAUUCAUUUUUAUGGUUAUUUUAAAUUGCUUUUCUUGUGCACUGAGAAAAUAUAUACAGCAUUCUUGUACAUCCAGAACUAUGAAACCUGCUGUAAGGAAAUUGCUAUAUCAGAAUUAUAAGCCUUUGUCCUUGUAUUUUGUUGUGAGAGGUAGGGAGUGGAAAUAACUUUCUGAGAUUCUGUUGUCACAUUUCAUAUAUUUAACUAUACCAUGGCAAAUAAGUGAAAAGGUGAUUUGCUCUAUUUUGUUAUAUAGGCUUUGUAGUCUUAAGAGAUUGAAGGAAUGUGCAUUCUUCAUAAUAUACUAAUGUUAGAAAAACUUACCUAUUACCUUUAUUAUUCCUCAGGGAGGUGUCCUUUUUCAGGCCUUGUAGGAAAUUCUUUUCCAACAGCCAAUUACAAAUACACAUAUGAAUUUAGUUUGUGCUAUUGGCAAAUAUUCUGGAACUACAAAAUCCACACUUGGAAAGAUAUGUAUAAAAUGCUUACUAUGCUACUAUAAAGUUGAUCCUCUUAAAAUUAAAGAUAGUUUAUUCUAACAUAUGUGUAAAGAACAUCUCUUUUGGUUAUUAGGGCAUUUGAAAAGAUGAAAAAGUUGUAGCUGAGAAAAUAAAUCUAAAAUAUUUUUAGAAUUCAAUUUGAUUUAAAAUGCAUUCCCAAAUUUUAAAUAUAUGCUAUCCUGGAUAAUUUUUAUUUCAUGCUCUUUUCCUUGUCCUCUUAAAAGCAUCUGUUUGGCUACAGCAGAGAUAGCAUAUUUUAUUUAUAAUAUUAAAUAUGAAUUUAACCUCUACCAUUUUAAUAUUUUGGCCUCUAAUCUAGUUUUUGUUCAACCAUGUUUACUCUUGUGAUCUUCAAACACUACAUAAAUAUGAAUGUGAUCCUCAAGUCAAAACAGAUUUUCCUCCAUUGUGUUACUGGAAGUCUGAUAACACGUUUUGGGAUUUAACCUAUUCUGUAUCUUCAAUAGCAUAUUUAUUGAACAUUUCAUAUAUUAUCUGUCAAUAUUAAAGGUUUUACAAACCAUCACAUUUUCUGAAUGUAGGUUUUCAAAAUAAAUUGUUGCUUAUGUACUCUCUAAUAAAAUAAGCUUAAAGAAUCUGUAGAA